UUAAGAGCAAUUGAACGUCAUGGUCUUUUGCCCAAUAGGCUCAAAAAAAUUUUGUGGCCUUUAAUUACAACAAAGCUGACCAUGAAGAUGAGGCAUAUGUGUAUUAUUUAUGUUUACGUCAAAUAGUUAAAUGAUAUCGAAGCGGUGAUUUUCAUGUUUCAUCCAAGCUUAAUAGGGCAUUGCUUAUGUACUACUAUCUACAGACUUAAUUUUUCUUGGCAAAGUUUUCGAAAUAGGUGUGUGUAAAAGUUUUUGAAUAAAGUGGCUUGCCUGUGGACCCAGUAGUGUGUAUGUUUCAAGGCAGUAUGGGUAGAACGGGAAGAUUAGGUCCUUUAGUUGGAGCAAUUGAUGAAGGAACAAGCAGCGCAAGAUUCUUGGUGUUCUCUGCUCGAACAUCUGAAGUAAUAGCCUCCCAUCAGAUAGAAUCAUCAUACAUAUUUCCACAAGAAGGAUGGGUGGAGCAAGAUCCACUGAAAAUAUUAGAUGCUGUUAAGAUAUGCAUUGAAAAAGUGGCAGAAGAACUUCAAGAGCAAGAAAUAGAACCAAGUGAUAUAGUUACCAUUGGUAUAACUAAUCAGAGGGAGAGUACUGUAGCCUGGGAUUCCAUCACUGGGAAACCUCUUUAUAAUGCUAUAAUAUGGUUAGACAUGCGCACAACUUCCACAGUAGAUGAAUUAUUAUCCAAAGUACCCAAGAAGAAUAAGAAUUGCCUAAAACAGUUAUGUGGUCUGCCACUAAGUCCUUAUUUCAGUGCUUUGAAAAUGAGAUGGCUUAUGGAAAAUAUCCAAGAAGUUAAAGAUGCAGUAAAAGGCAAUCGAUGUUGUUUUGGAACCAUAGAUUCAUGGCUUAUAUGGAAUCUCACUGGUGGUAGUAAUGGUGGUCUGCAUCUAACUGAUGUCACAAAUGCCUCCCGGACAAUGUUAAUGAACAUAGCUACAUUAAAGUGGGAUCCUGAAUUAAGCAGAUUUUUCAACAUACCAAUAAACCUUUUACCUGCAAUACACAGUUCUUCAGAAAUUUAUGGACACAUAUCUGAUGGACCACUAAAAGGAACACCAAUAUCUGGAUGUCUAGGUGAUCAACAGUCUGCAUUGCUUGGUCAGAUGUGUCUAAAAGAAGGACAAGCAAAAUGCACUUAUGGUACUGGGUGUUUUCUUCUGUAUAACACUGGGACUAAGCUGGUCGAGUCAACUCAUGGCCUUGUGACAACUGUGGCAUACCAGAUGGGCAGUUCACGUGCACCAGUAUAUGCCUUGGAGGGGUCCGUCGCUGUAGCAGGAGCUGCAUUAAGUUGGUUGCGUGACAAUGUCUGUCUCUUGCAUGACGUGUCAGAGACUGAAAGUCUUGCUAGUACUGUGAAAGACACCAAUGAUGUCUAUUUUGUUCCUGCCUUCUCAGGGCUCUAUGCUCCACAUUGGCAGAAGGAUGCGAGAGGAACAAUAUGUGGCAUUAGUGAAGAUACAACACAAAGGCACAUAAUUCGUGCUGCACUUGAAGCCGUCUGUUUCCAGAUAAGAGACAUCCUUGAAGCUAUGAACAAAGAUUGUGGAAUUCCUCUACAGAAGCUACAAGUAGAUGGUGGCAUGACUUCUAACAACUUAUUAAUGCAACUGCAAGCUGAUUUGACAGGGAUUCCUGUCAAACGACCAGUGAUGAGUGAAACAACUGCCUUAGGUGCAGCUAUGGCUGCUGGCAGUGCGGAAGGAAUAGAGGUCUGGGACACCACAGAGCUUCAUCCAACGCUCUGUGAUGAAUUUAAGCCUGCUAUAAGUAACGAAGAACGAAAUCUUCGAUAUUCAAAAUGGAAAAUGGCAGUAGAAAGAAGCCUUGGUUGGCAAGUGGCAGACUCAAAUGAUGAAAUAUAGAUAUCAAAAUGGUAGAUGGGAUUGUUUAAUGUGGCCUAAUAUGCUUGUGAAUCUUUUAUAGGCCAUGAGAUACCUGUAGUUUUCAGCUGAAGUUUUUUGCAACUAUCACUAAAUGUCAACGAGUAAAGAAGAAGAAGAAGAAGAAGAAGAAGAAGUAGUAGUUUCUCAGGGUCUGAUUUAUACUGUGUCCUUUUCAUAUAUGACGACUGAGUUUAAAGGUCUCUAGGUAUCAGAGGAAAUGUAUUCAUAAGAAGCGAAUUAAUCAGCAAGAAUAGAAUCUAAUGAUGCGAAUUCUCAUUAUCAGCUACAGCAACAUCUAGUGCUAGACACACAUGAUAGUUUCUAUAUUUCAAUUUGGUCUGUGUUUGUUUUUGCUAUAUGUUGUUUUUCAGUCCUACUUUCAUUCUUAUAGCCAUCGGACACCCAAGUCCAAUUACUGACUUUAUUUACAAUUAUGUGAAACAGGGAGAAAAUUAAUAAUAUCUAAUGGAAUGGGGUAGUGUAUGGUGUGUGUAACAUUUGAGCACUGUAAUGGAAAAAAAAAAAUGGAAAAAGUAUUACAGAUGGAUCAGUGACAAAGUUAAACUGGCAGUAUAAAAGUAUAAGAGGUACAGAGAUUAAACUCACAGAUUUUUUUACCAUCAUGCAGAAUGGCUGUGAAGUAUGUGGAAGAUAUUAAACAACCAGCCUCCCUGAGUUCACAAAGUCUAAUAUCCAUCCAACACUUGGUUGACCAUUGUCAUAUCUGUACCCCCCACGUGAUAAUCAUGAAUUACUUAGCUGUCAGAUGAUGUUGCGUGUGCCCAAGUAAAGCUUUCAAGAGAUUAUAUGAUAAUGAGCUAACAUUACUUACAUUUGAGGCAAAAAUUUUAUUUCCUUGAAUUAUGCUUCAGUCCUCAUAUACAGAUUUAUAACGCAUAGAGCUUUGAUUUUUUGCACAAAUGUACACUAUACUGCAUAGAGCUUUGAUUUUUGUACAGAUGUACAGAUUAAUAAAAAUGUUGGAAAGAA